AUGAAGCUCUCCAUCACUGCUCUCCUCCUGGCCACCUCCGCCGCCAUCGCCGCCCCAGCCCCAAACAAGCGCGACGGCGCCUUCGUGCUCAACGGCCUCCGAGCCCGCAUCUCCCUCGACGGCACCAUGAGCUUCUCCCUCUUGGACACCAACGGCCCUGCCGGCGAGACCCCCGUGGACUGCAACCUGAUAUGGCCCACCAACUCGGCCCCCGACCAGAACGCCCGCUGCACCGGCGGCGAAUACCUCAUCCAGUUCCCGGAUGGGCUCACCGACAUCGGCAAGUUCACGCUUGCGCUGGAGCGUAUCGCGGGAACACCCAUCGGGGGCCGGGCGUACCUGGAUGAGACGGAUGGAAAGUGGAACUGUGUGGAGAACCCGAAGGAGAUGUUUCGUGUUACAUUAGUUCCUUAUGACUACCUAGAGCAACCGCAGGACCUCCUACCCUGGCCCGGCGAUGUCGUGCCCUCUGUCUGUAGUCCCCGCUGCGAGGACUACUACCACGAUUUGUAUCAGACAGUCUACUUUGUGCUGCAUCGGAAUCAGGAAUGUGUUGUGGCCUUUCAAGUCUGCCACAAAGCCAACCCGCGUGUUGAUCCGGAGGAAUGGUCUGCUAUCGUGGAUCGGGUCCCACGGGUGUACGGGUAUCUGGCACAUAGUACAGACGAACCGCACGCUCACACAGACCAACCAAUUCAUAUCCACUCUCGCAUCGUCCAAUACCUCGGCCGCCUCCCGGGCGGAUAUCUGCUGGAGAAGCUAGAGCCCGGUCCGCUGGCUCGCACGACGUUGCCGCCUCUCGCGAGCUCAUGCCCUCCGGGAGAGACUCUGAGAGAUCCCCUUCUCCUACUCUACUACCGCUGGGCACUGCAAUCGCUGUCUAUCCUCAUAUUCCUCCAUGAGAAGUCGGUCUACCUCAUGGAUUUCAGCUUUGCUACGAUCUGGAUUCGAUAUGAUCUCUCAAUUGCUCUCAGCGGAUUUUUAAGCGCCACAAUUCCGACGGAUACAUGGCCAUACUCUCCAAAUACAGAUCGAUAUGAAGAGGAGUACUAUUCUGCAAUGAAUCCUGCAACCUCUGGGUCCCCAGAACUGGGCCCGAAGCUCGAUCUUUCGGAUUGGGCGACUUUUAUAUGGAGGUGUAUGACCGAUGGUUUUACCCCGGAUGCGCCACUGUGGAGUGAGCCUACAGAUCCAUUGCCAGCCGACGGGGAUCUAGCGGGGUACCGUCAGGAACAGCAGACGGAGGGCAAGUUCCAGCUAUUAGACGAGAGGCGAUUAGGCCCCAUCCUGCUGAAGGCCUGGAAAGGGUUGUAUGGAAAUGCCCGGGAAAUCCUGCAGGAUGUGCGAUUGUAUUUCGAGAAAAUCAAGGUGCGGGUGGAAGGAGAAGAUGAGAUUCUUCCCGAUGAAGGCCGCUGGCAGGAUAUUUAUACAGUUGCGAAGACCGAAGACGCUCGGUGGCAUCGUGAGAUCCGAUAUCAAUGUGAAUCAACUUACGAAACACGAUUUGUUUAA